GUACUUGGUAAGUAGAUCAAUCACCGGCAUGUUGAUCUGUCAUGUGUGGCUUGGAAAACAAACGCCAUCACCGGCAAGAAUUAUCAUCACGGCCGUGCAUAUCCGGGUUCCGGGAGGCUGCUUUCUGUUCCUUGACAACAAUGUUGAAUGUACCUAGAUCUUCAACGGAAAUGAGCCGGUCGUUUACCUGCCUGCCUGGUUAGAUGCUUGGUAACAAACAGCUGUAUGAGAGCUGGUUGUAACGGCAUUGCAGCUCUCAGUUUACCGAAGAAUUAGACGAAAUAUAUAUAGGUAUAUAUCUAUAACAUUCCCUUCGUUCGACGACGUGUUGCUUUCACCUUCAUCACACCCUCCAUCACACACUCUAUCACACCUUCUAUCACAAAUUCUCACAGCUUCUAUUACAGCUUCCAAUAUUUAUCUUACUUCUCAUUGCACUAUUCUGCUUUGGAUUUAUUGUAUCCUUAAUUAUCUCUAUCUAAUCGUCGUUAAUAUGGCGACUGCCGAAGUUGGUUUGGGGAAUCAAGCCGUACUCAGCAAGAUCGACAAGCUGAGAGAGCUGAGUGUUGGUGCGAUAAUCCCUCUUCCCCAGCUUAUUGUUGUGGGAGACCAGUCCUCUGGAAAGAGUUCUGUGCUUGAGAGUCUGACUGGGUUCUCCUUUCCACGUGCUGCUGGAUUGUGUACUCGAUACGCCACCCAGAUAACAUGUAGCCGUGAAGCGCAAAAGAGCGUCAACGUGUCGAUAAUCCCUCGGCCAGACGCGGAUGAGGCACUCAAGGCUCGCCUUCUUGAGUUUCAUCGUCAGAUCACCACCAUGAACAACAAGCGUCUUACCAAGAUAUUUGAAGAUGCAAAUGAGGCAAUGGGUCUCCGGAUGAGUCAGACUGAUGGGGAUGAGGGUGCUGGGGCUUUUAGCCAAGAUAUCUUAAAGAUUGAAAUCAGUGGUCCCGACCAAGCCCACCUCACGGUGAUAGAUGUCCCUGGGAUAUUCAGAGUUCCAACACCUGGACUCACAACCGAAAGCGACGUUACCAUGGUUCGAAACAUGGUCAAGUCUUACAUGGAAAAUAGCAGAACCAUAAUUCUGGCUGUUAUGCCUUGCAAUGUCGAUAUUGCUACCCAGGAGAUCCUAAAGCUCGCCGAGGCUGCUGAUCCAGAUGGUAUGAGAACUAUGGGCGUUCUGACGAAGCCGGAUUUGGCGACCGAGAGAGCCACGCAGGAUUCGGUGAUCGACCUGGUUCUCAGCAAACGGAACAGGCUGAACCUAGGAUACUGUGUUGUUAAGAAUCGUAGUGCAGAUGAUAGCACGUCAUCGAUGAGCGAUCGGCUCGCUGCGGAAAAGGCGUUUUUCAUGGGACCUCCUUGGUCGUCGGUAGCAGACCGUUGUGGCAUUGCAUCUUUACAGAUCCGCCUCAGAGAAUUGCUCAUGGACAUUUCUAAGCGGGAGCUCCCACACGUCAAAGCAGAUAUCGAAAAACGUCUGCAUAUCCGCAGGACUGAAUUGGAAGCUAUGGGUCCAUCCAGAUCUGACCAGAGUUCCCAAAGACUUUUCCUAGGACGAAUUGCUUCAAGAUUUCAAGCAAUCACACAGCAUGCCAUCAACGGAUACUAUACGGCAGACCCGAUAUUUAAGUUGAUGCCAUGUUUGAAGCUCUCGACUCGGGCUAUCGAAUUAAACAUGUCUUUGUCCAAGAAUAUCUUGACAAGGGGCCAUAAACGGCACUGCGGCCCUGAGCGAAGCAAAAAAAGAAUUAUUACGUGGCCCGAAGCUGAUCUUUCCAUCAGUAUACCUCUGACCGAUUAUUCGGAGCUGUUUAAUAUUAUUGUCACGGAUGAAUAUAAAUGCCCCGAGCCCUCAAAUGGUCCAAUCUUAGACCAUGUGAUGAUGGUUUACGAGUCUAGCCGUGGCCCGGAGGUUGGAACUUUUGGAGGGUCGAUACUUGCAACGGUGUUUGAAGAGCAGUCGGAAAAGUGGGAGCCAUUAGUCCUCGCGCACACCAGCAAGGCUAUUGUGUUGGUUCACGAUUACAUCUACCAGCUUUUCACGCACCUUUGCCCAGAUACCAAAGUGAGGAACGAGUUGUGGAACGGAUUUCUUCUUGAUAAACUGCAAGAUAGGUAUCGCCAGGCUAUGAAGCAUGCCCGAUUCCUCCUCUCCAUCGAGCGUCGUGGCAGACCGAGCACAUUUAAUGAUAGAUUCAACGAUAUUCUACAGGAUAAACGCAGCUCUCGCAUGACCAAGUAUUUGGAAAACCGGGAGGAACACCUCAUCGGCAAUUCGAGGCAAGUGUGUGAGGAUAUUGUAGAUACUCUCACGAGUUAUUACAAUAUAUCCCGUGAGAGGUUUGUUGACUCUAUCUGUCAACAAGUCGUGAACCAUUUCUUGCUCGAAGGGGAUGACAGCCCUCUGAAAGUCCUCAGCCCGGAAUUUGCGAUGGCUCUCGAUGCCGAUGAACUCGAGAUGAUUGCCGGCGAGGAUUCGGCAUCGAAGCGGCAACGCCAAGCCCUGGCCUGGGAGAUAGAGAGCUUGGAGGAAGCUACGAAAGUUCUGAAAGGAUAAUCGCUAUGGAGUCAUGAUAUCGUGAAUUCUUGAUGGGGCUAUGGCUGUAUCGUGUCUGUUUAAAUUCCAUAGUCUCGUGUGUAUUAUUACUUGAUAGAAUGUGAAGGAGAAGGAAGUUCAAUCGAAUGAGA